CUCCUCCCAAAUCCCUGAUCACUGAUCAUCAUCAGCCACAAUGUCUUAUCAAUGGUGAUCACUCGUGAAUUGAAAAAUCCCGAUCCCAGAAUUCAUAAUUUUUAGCUCUCAGUUUUCUUACUCACUACGUGUGAACAAAUGGAAGCGAACCAAGGCCAGCUUCAACAAUUUCAAGAUACCGUAACUUUUGAUGAUGAUACAGCUCUUCUCGAUAGUCCCUUGGUAGAAACCCAGGUGGAGAAACUUGGUUUUUAUACUCAAGUGCUUGGUGAUUCUGUUGAGAAUGCGAAACAUGAACUAGUGAGCCAGGUAAUCCCUGACAGUGAGGAUGAAGAAAUCCAUGGAGACCAAUUAGAGAAUGCUGCUGAUAGGGUAUCUGAUGCCGAACCUGGUACAAGAAUUAAAGGAAAUGGAGUAGUAGGCUUACAAAUGAGGCAGCCCAGUCCGCGUUUUCAGUGGCUAAAGGAUUUCGCAGAAGAUUUUGUUUCUGAUGGCUCUGCUGGUGAAGAUAAAGGUGCAGACACCGAUGAGAAAACUGAUUGUCCUCGAUUGCUUACAUGUGAUCAAGAGUUUGCAAGUUUAAAUUAUGUUGACUCUGAGGAACCUGGAGAGUCAUCUCAAGCUAGUGCGCUUGGCUUUGUGGAUCACUUCCUAUCAGAUAAUGAUGUGAGCUUUUCUCCCAGAACUGAGCUCAGAAACACUGUCAGGAAGAAAUCCCCUCCUGUUCUGAGUGCAAAAGGCUGUCAAAAUUUGGCCAAAAGUAUCAAAACCAGAAUCCCAAUUUGUAAAAAUAAGACCUUUGGGGGGGUUGAUAAUGAUCAGCAUGGAGGAGUUGAUUUCUUUAGCAAGAGGAUGGAUGAGUCUUUUGAUUGUGGAGGCUGCCAGAAGAGAUAUGUACCAAGGCAUCAGAAGGCAGGGUGUAUUGAUCGUAAAGGAGGUUGCAGAUCAGAUAAUGACAGUGAAGAGAAAUAUGAAGAUCUUCAUAAGAAAGUAACAAGUUCACCCCACACAGAUUCAAGGGUUGCAGACCACAGUGUGAAAGAGACAUACAGAACAGGACAAGAAUAUGAAUUUAUAUCUGAAAAUACUUCUGACAAUAAGCCAAGGGAACAAUUUUUUGACCUUGCAUCAGGGCACGAGCUGGACAUUUGCAGUAAUGAAAGAAAUACAUCAGACACGUUGGAUAUUGGUUUUAACACCCAAAUAGCUGCUGAAGCCAUGGAAGCAUUAUUUUACGGUCCCCCAGCUAAUAGCAGUGCUAGUGACGCUUUUCAAGAUCCUAACGACCCUCUUGUAGAUUCUUCAAAAGGUGUAACAAAUAGUAAAGUUCAUUUAAAGGAACUUUCCUAUGAAAAAGGUGCUCUCUGCAGUCUAGAGGACAUCACAAGACUGCCAAAGCAAAGAAAGGUUUAUGCUAGAAAGGGAGCUUCUGUUUCAUCUCGGAAACAGCCUAGUCACCAGGAGUUACAUCGUGACUUGUCAGAAACAACAGAAAGGAAAAGAAGCAAACCCUUGGUUGGGGAGUUAACUGGUAGGAGUUCCAUCCAUGCGAGCAAAAGUUCAGCCACAACAUCUCGUAAGACUAUUGACCAAAGAAAGGAUGAGGAAACUGCGAGGAGAAACAAAAUUAAGGAAUGUGACAACUAUGGGAGUUUGUCAGCGUCAGUUGAAAGCAUUUCACCUGGCAAACAACAGAUACUACAGGAUGCUUUUGCCUCCCAAGACUCUCAUCCAACGUUAGGAUCCAAAUUCAAAAGGACUAAUGGUGGGUCAGCUGAUCCAGGGGUAAGGACAGAUGAUUUCAUGGAGGGUAGUAUAAUUACAUACAGAAGAAAGAGGAGUCAUUUGGUUGCGAAACCAUCCAAAAUUUCGACCUCUACAGGAAGAUGUCCCAAAUUUUGUUUCAACACAUCUGAAGGAGGAAGAAUCAAUGAAUUGAGCCAAGAAAAGCUUGCUAGCAAGGAGGUAUCUACCUCAAACAUUUCGCUAAAGCUGAAUGCAUGGAGCUAUCCCAAAGGUAAAAGAACACGACGUAGACUGCCAUGUCAUUUAAAUAUAGCUAGUAGCCAAUAUACCCCAUUCACCAUAGCUGAUGGCAAAGACCACCACAGAAAACCACUCAACGUAAACCUUCCCAGAUCAUCCCCGAUGAAAAAGCUUAUUAGAUUAGGCAAUCCCAAGUCAUUACCUGGUUCUAGUUGGAAGGAUUUGAGGAAACGGCGAGAUACGGCAUAUUUAGGGGUUCUGUUUAGCCAGCAUUUAGGUGACAAUGUCAUCAGGCAGCAGAAAAAGAUCUUGGCAAGGCUUGGCAUUUCCGUGGCAUCAUCUUUAGCGGAUGCUACACACUUUGUAGUGGAUAGAUUUGUGCGUACAAGGAACAUGUUGGAAGCUAUUGCUCUUGGUAAACCAGUGGUGACUCAUUUAUGGCUUGAGAGCUGUGGGCAAGCAAGCCUCCUUAUUGAUGAGAAAAACUUUAUCUUAAGAGAUGCGAAGAAGGAAAAGGAGAUUGGUUUUAGCCUGCCUGUUUCACUGGCUCGUGCAAACCAACAACCACUUCUAAAGGGUAAAAGAGUCUUCAUUACACCAAAUAUAAAACCUGAAAAAGAAAUGAUAACUAGCUUGGUCAAUGCUCUUCAUGGCCAGAUCAUGGAGAAAAGUCAGAUAUUUGCUUUGAAAAUUCCAGAUGAUCUAUUGAUUCUUUCAUGUGAAGAAGAUCAUGCAAUUUGUGCGCCACUUCUUGAUAAAGGAGCAGCAGUUUACAGUUCAGAGCUUCUAUUGAAUGGGAUUGUUAUCCAGAAAUUAGACUAUGAGAGGUCAGAACUUGUCCACCGUCUGGCAAGAAUAUCAAAUUACUUGGUGUGAAUACACACGCACAGAGAUUAGAUGCAUGCUUGUUGCACCUUUGGCAAAGGGAUGAUUUUAUUUGAUCACCCAACCUGUGAAAUUCUGUUCAUCAAUGAUUUGUAAUAGCUUCCAUGCAUCAGUAAUAACAAAAGUCAUUUCGGUCUCAGUGCUUUAGGAAACUAACUUAAGAGUACACUUGAACUUCUGCUUACUGGCUGGAUGAAGGAUUGCGAUAGAUUUGCUCAUCUUUUGCUCAAUCUGCCUACUUCACAAGACAGUUCGUUGUAAAGGGCAUAUAUAUAAGACCCACUUUUGGAUGAUUCAAUCAAGUACAUGAGGGUAUUGUUACUCUCAUUGACAUGUUUACCUACUUGCCUUGCUACUGAUGCUUACUUUGUUUAUGACAGGCAUCGACUCUUUGUGAAUGAAGCUAAAGGAAAUCGAGUGAGCAAGAGGUGAAGGAGAUGGUGCUGAAUUUGUCUUUUCCUAAACAGAAUAAGCAGUUGCUACUCUUUUUGUAAACAAAUGCAAGUUGCAAAUGUGGUAGUGAAAGUGAGGUUACCAAGUAGUUAAGACCCUUCUUGUAAAUCAGGUCAUGAUGGAAAGCAAAUCCUUUCUUCCUUGUAAAUCAGGUCGCGAGGGAAAAACUAUUUCAAGAGAUACUUAUGA